UUCACUUACUGUCUCAGGUUUUUGGAAUUUAGCAAUGGAGUCUUUCUCUGCUGAGACCAAUUCAACUGACUUACUCCCACAGCUCCGGAAUCAAUUUCAAGUAGUUCUCUCCAUGGUCAUUCUCAGCGUCACUUUCUUAUUGGGAUUGCCAGGCAACGGGCUGGUGCUGUGGGUGGCUGGCCUAAAGAUGCAGCGAACAGUGAACACAGUUUGGUUUAUCCAUCUCACGCUAGCAGACUUUCUCUGCUGCCUCUCCUUGCCCUUCUCCCUGGCUCACUUGGCUCUCCAAGGACACUGGCCCUAUGGCUGGCUCCUAUGCAAAGUCAUCCCCUCCAUCAUUAUCCUCAACAUGUUUGCCAGCGUCUUCCUGCUGACUGCCAUUAGCCUGGACCGCUGUCUUUUGAUCCUCAAGCCAAUCUGGUGCCAGAAUCAUCGCAAUGUGAGGACAGCCUUCACUAUCUGUGGAUGUAUCUGGGUGCUAGCUUUUGUAAUGUGUAUACCUGUGUUCAUAUACCGGGAAACGUUCAGUGUAGACAACCAUAAUAUGUGUGGCUACAAUUUUGAUCCCUACAGAUCAUUAGAUUAUUCCGACUUCACCUUUGAUCUACUGGAAAAUGGAUCUCUUGACAACUCCAUUGUUCAACUGCCUGGAGAAAUGAAUAAUAGAUUAGACUCUUUCUCUUUACAAACAAAUGAUCAUCCUUGGACAGCCACCACUGUUCUCCAUUCUCAAACAUUUCAAAGACCUUCUGGAGAUUCAUUCCCUAUGGAUUCUGCUAGAUUAUCUAAUAAACAUCCAUAUUAUAAUUUAUUUAAACCUGCUGAUGAGGUCUCACCUACAAUCCCCAGCGAGUUUCCCAUUGAAGAUGACAGAACUAACCCACUGGAUAACUCCGAUGCUUCUUUCUCUACUGAUUUAGAGCUUUUAUCUAAUGCUUAUAGCAAUCCAUUAGACCCUGAUGAGCCAUCACAAGAUUUCCUGGAUGAUAAUUUAGGCCAAUUUGCAUAUGGCAAUCAAAUGUCAACACCCAUGGUGGCAAUAACCAUCACCAGGCUAGUGGUGGGUUUCCUGAUGCCCUUUAUUGUCAUGGUGGCCUGUUAUAGCCUUAUUAUCUUCCGAAUGCGACGGGGCCGCCUUACCAAGUCUCGGAGCAAAACCUUGCAAGUGGCCAUGAUGGUGGUAGCUGUCUUCUUUGUCUGCUGGGCUCCAUACCACAUUGUUGGAGUCCUGUCAUUGUUUAUUGACUCAGAAACUCCCUUUGGGGAAGCUCUGCUCUCCUGGGACCACGUGUCCAUUGCUCUAGCAUCUGCCAAUAGUUGCUUCAAUCCCUUCCUCUAUGCCCUCCUGGGGAAAGAUUUUAGGAAGAAAGCAAGGCAGUCCAUGAAGGGCAUUCUGGAGGCAGCUUUCAGUGAGGAGCUCACACACUCUACCAGCUGUACCCCAAACAAAGUCUUUUUGGAAAAAAACAGUAUCAGUACAGCUGUGUGAAAAUACAGAGCAACUGACAGAAGCAGAGGUUCUUAGGUAUUCAUCCAGUGCAACAUGUUUCUAAAGGGACAAGGAAUAUGGUGAGCAGGGGAUUUCAGAAAACAUCAAAGAAUCCAUCAGUCCAGAGGUUCUCAAAGUGUGGUCCCAUACUAGUGACAC